AAGCUUAUUAGAGUAAGCACAUAAACCUAACUUUAAUUUGAAUUUAAUUCUAAUUUAAAAAAUAUUGCUUUUUGUUUUUAUAAAUUGAAAAUAGUGAAAAAUGGCCGACGACGCUGAGAAACUAAUGUAUUGCAAACUGGAAUCAGUGGCCAAGGAGCAAGGUUAUGCAAAUUACAAAACGAACGUUCGCGAAUUGAACACUGGCGGUGCAAACUACACCUCGCGUCUAUACUACGUUACCCUGUCCGCUCCCGGCUGCCCGGAUCUCAACCUGUUCGCUAAAAUCGCCGUUCUGAGUGAAAAGAUGAGAUCAAAGUUUCCAAUAGAGAUCUACACCAAUGAAAUACUUUAUUAUUCUCACAUUCUCAAACGCUAUCAAGAGUUUGAAGAGAAAUAUUGCAUCAAUACAAAGCACAGGCUGCGUUCUAUCAAAUGUUAUGGAUACAGCAAUGAAUAUUUGAAGGAAAGCUUAAUAUUAGAAGAUUUGACGCCCAAAGGUUUCACCACACUGGACAGGUUUAUGUGCGUCGACUGGAAGUACGCGUCACGAGCAGUAUCCGAGCUGGCGAAGUUCCACUCGCUCUCAGUCGAAUUUAGGCUCAAUUUUCCAGAGGAAUUUGAGAAAUACAAGGAAAGAUUUCCUUUAUUGUUUAAUGAACAUUUUUUGAAAGACUUUUUCGAUAAUCAUGCAUCGAAAACCUACGCUGCGAUUAAACAAGAAAAUCGUCAACGGCUUGUAGAUUUUCUUAAAGCACAAAAUUUCAACUUUUCUAAAAUAACUACACGAUGCCCCGUACUUGCACAUGGUGACUUCAGGCAUAGCAAUAUUAUGCACAAAGAAAUUGAGAAUGGUGAACUGGAGCUGAUUAUAGUUGACUAUCAAGGUUUCCAGAUAUCAAGCCCUUUAAUAGAUUUAAUGUACUUUAUAAUUCUUUCAACUGACAAAGAAUUUCGUUCACAACAUUAUCAUCAACUCCUCGAUCACUAUUACUCAGAAUUCUGCGGCUCUCUGAAAAGAUUAAACAUUGAUCCCGAUACUGUUUAUACAAAGGAUGACUUUCAGCACGAUAUAAAAUUGUUUGAACCAUACGUCGUUAUAAUGGGUACUCUCAUAUUGCCCGGUAUGUCAGCUUUCGUAGAAAACGCUCAGAAUAUGGAGAACACGGAAGAUCGCAACGUAUUCGAGAUCGAACCAUGUCAGAUAGGCUCACAAAGACUCAACGAUCUUAUCGACGAUUUCGUGAAACUCGGCGUCCUUUGAUUCGAUUAUUAAUAAAAAGUUUCGUUACCUAAUUCAAAUAAUAUAUCUUACAAAUAUAAUAUCUACUACAAUCA